AAUGGGCGGGGAUUCAUAGCAGUUGUAGAUUUUCAUUCGAAGACUCUAUUUAUAAAGCGGGACUUACAUUUAAGUUAUUUUUUAUUGGUGUAUAGACAGGAAAGGAUUGUGCUGCGCUGAAGCCGGCGCUUUGCCCUCACCCUUCUGUCGGUCUGUUUUAUGAUCAGUAGAAUGUGUGUGUGCGACUUCGACUGAGAGAGUGGUGUAAUUAUAAAAGCCGCAUUUGCGGUACCCACCUCUCACCUCAUAUAAGUCAGGAAAAACGGAGAAACCGCCUUAUUUCGUUCCUCCUCGUGCCCUAGAAUUAUCCACGUCUCGGAGAACAUUGUGAAGCAGCACCAUGUCCAGGCCGUCAGGGGGCGGUGUUGCCAAUGAUGUCACCCGCUUCCUGUCCACGGGGGCGGUGCCAGGCUCGCCCACUUCCUCUACCCCCACUGGCCACGUAUUCUCUGCGUCAAGCCAGGCUGAUUGGGCGGCAAAGAGGCUCGUCUGGGUUCCAUCCGAGAAGCACGGCUUUGAGUCUGCCAGUAUCCGUGAGGAGCGUGGGGAUGAGGUGGAGGUGGAGCUAACAGACAGCCAGAGGAAGCUGACCCUGUCCAGAGAGGAGGUCCAGAGGAUGAAUCCUCCCAGGUUCAGUAAGGUGGAGGACAUGGCUGACCUCACCUGUCUCAACGAAGCCUCCGUCCUACACAACCUCAGAGAGAGAUACUACUCUGGCUUGAUAUACACAUACUCGGGCCUAUUCUGUGUGGUGAUCAACCCCUAUAAGAACCUGCCCAUCUACACAGAGUCUAUAGUGGAGAUGUACCGAGGGAAGAAACGCCAUGAGAUGCCCCCUCACAUCUACGCUAUAUCAGAGGCUGCCUACCGCAGCAUGCUACAAGACAGAGAAGAUCAAUCUAUCCUCUGCACAGGCGAGUCUGGCGCAGGGAAGACAGAGAACACUAAGAAAGUCAUCCAGUAUCUGGCUCAUGUGGCCUCGUCCCAUAAGACUGGAACUCUGGGUAGAAACAAGGAGGCCUCACAGAUGGAUGGCAGUAGGUCGUUGCCCCGGGGCAGUUCCAUGGUGAACAGGGGGGAGCUAGAGAGACAGCUGCUACAGGCCAACCCCAUCCUGGAGGCCUUCGGAAAUGCCAAGACCGUCAAGAACGACAACUCCUCCAGAUUUGGCAAAUUCAUCCGUAUUAACUUUGAUGUGGCUGGAUACAUUGUCGGUGCCAACAUUGAGACCUACCUGCUGGAGAAGUCGAGGGCGAUCCGUCAGGCCAAAGAUGAAAGGACCUUCCACAUCUUCUACCAACUCAUGUGUGGAGCUUCAGAGGCCACCAGAGCAGACCUUCUCCUUGGUAGUGCUGACCAGUACAGGUUUCUGAGUGGAGGUGCUAUUCCUGUUCCAGGUCAGAGUGACGCUGACAACUUCACCCAGACCAUGGACUCUAUGACCAUCAUGGGAUUCACACCAGAGGAGUCUCUGUCCAUGUUGAAGGUGAUCUCUGCGGUGCUCCAGUUUGGGAACAUCUCGUUCACUAAGGAGAAGAACCAGGACCAGUGCUCCAUGCCAGACGACACGGCUGCCCAGAAACUGAGCCACCUGCUGGGCAUCAGCGUGCUGGAGUUCUCCCGGGCCAUCCUCACCCCCAGGAUCAAAGUAGGACGUGAGUACGUCCAGAAGGCCCAGACCAAAGAACAGGCUGACUUUGCAGUGGAGGCGUUGGCCAAAGCUACAUAUGAGCGUCUGUUCCGUUGGCUGGUCCACAGGAUCAACCGAGCGCUGGACCGCAGACAGAGACAGGGAGCCUCUUUCAUAGGCAUACUGGACAUAGCAGGCUUUGAGAUCUUCCAGUUGAACUCAUUUGAGCAGCUGUGUAUCAACUACACCAACGAGAAGCUGCAGCAGCUGUUCAACCACACCAUGUUCAUCCUGGAGCAGGAGGAGUACCAGAGGGAGGGCAUCGAGUGGAGCUUCAUCGACUUCGGCCUGGACCUGCAGCCCUGCAUCGACCUCAUCGAAAGACCGGCCCAGCCCCCUGGUGUGCUGGCCCUAUUGGAUGAGGAGUGUUGGUUUCCGCGGGCGACAGAUCGUUCAUUUGUGGAUAAGCUGUCUGCUGAGCAGGGGACACACCCUAAAUUCUUCAAACCACGACAAAUACGACAAGAGGCCGACUUCGCCAUCAUCCACUACGCUGGGAAGGUGGACUAUAAGGCAGAUGAUUGGCUGGUGAAGAACAUGGAUCCUCUGAAUGACAACAUAGCGUCUCUCCUCCACCAGUCCUCUGAUCACUUCAUCUCUGAGCUCUGGAGAGAGGAUAUUCAGACUCUUCCUCGAGUAUAUUUCUUUGACUCCUAUGCCACACUGCAGACCAAUGGCUCUGACAUGGAGAGGCCCGUAGGGCUGGACCCGGUGUCCAACGACACCAACAGUGGUCCGGUCAACUUCGGGGCGGGGCUGAAGACUAAGAAGGGGAUGUUCAGGACCGUGGGACAGCUCUACAAGGAGUCCCUCACCAAGCUGAUGGCAACACUACGCAACACCAACCCUAACUUCCUCCGCUGUAUCAUCCCCAACCACGAGAAGAAGUCUGGUAAGCUGACUCCCCAUCUUGUUCUGGACCAGCUGAGGUGUAAUGGAGUCUUAGAGGGGAUCCGUAUCUGCAGACAGGGCUUCCCCAACCGCAUCCCCUUCCAGGAGUUCAGACAGAGGUAUGAGAUCCUGACUCCUAAUGCUAUCCCUCGUACCUUCAUGGACGGGAAGCAGGCCUGUGAACUCAUGAUCAGUGCGUUGGAGCUGGACCGUAACCUGUUCAGAGUUGGGCAGAGCAAAGUGUUCUUCAGGGCUGGAGUCUUAGGUCACCUGGAGGAGGAGAGAGACCUGAAGAUCACUGACACCAUCAUACGCUUCCAGAGCGCUGCCCGAGGAUUCCUCGCACGCAGGGCCUUCCUGAAGAAGCAGCAGCAGCUGAGUGCUAUGAGAGUGAUGCAGAGGAACUGUGCUGCCUACCUCAAACUCAGGAACUGGCAAUGGUGGAGGCUGUUCACCAAGGUGAAGCCUCUGCUGCAGGUGACUCGUCAGGACGAGGAGAUCCAGGUGAGGGAGGCGGAGCUUAAGAAUGCCAAAGACAACCUGACCAGAGUGGAACAGGACUACACUGAUCUGGACAAGAAACACAUACAGCUGAUGGAGGAGAAGGCGGUGCUGACAGACCAGCUGCAGGCGGAGGCGGAGCUGUUUGCUGAGGCGGAGGAGAUGAGGGCCAGACUGGUCAGCAGGAAGCAGGAGUUGGAGGAAAUCCUGGGGGAGCUGGAGGGACGAUUGGAGGAGGAGGAGGAGAGGGGCGUUCAGAUGACCAAUGAGAAGAAGAAGAUGCAGCAGCACGUGGCGGAUCUGGAGGAGCAAUUGGAGGAGGAGGAGUCGGCCAGACAGCGCCUCCAGUUAGAGAAGGUUACCCUGGAGACCAAGGUCAAGAGUCUGGAGACAGAGAUGUUGAGCACUGGAGAACAGAGAGACCGCCUCAGCAAGGAGAAGAAGCAGCUGGAGGAGAGGUUGAAUGAGGUGACAGAAUCGCUGACUGAGGAAGAGGAGAAGACCAAGAGUCUCAACAAACUGAAAAACAAACAGGAAGCAGUCAUUGCUGAUCUGGAAGAUCGGUUGAAGCGUGAGGAGCAGGGCCGUCUGGAGCAGGAGAAGUGGAGGAGGAGGAUGGAGGGAGAGGCUGUGGAAGCCCAGGAGCAGCUCUCUGACCUGGGACUACUGUCCGCUGAACUCAGGGGCACCCUGGCUCAGAGAGAGAAGGAUAUCACAACCCUACAGGGGAGGUUGGAGGAGGAGGGUGCACGAAGGACUGAGGCUCAGAGGGCUUUGAGAGAGGCCAUGUCUCAGGUGUCAGAGCUGAAGGAGGAAGUGGAGAAUGAACGAGGGAUGAGAGAGAGGGCAGAGAAACAGAGGAGAGACCUGGGGGAGGAGCUGGAGGCCUUGAGGACAGAGCUGGAAGACACACUGGACACCACGGCGGCCCAGCAGGAACUCAGGUCUCGUAGAGAGGCAGAGUUGGGGGAGCUCCAGAGGUGUGUUGAGGGGGAGACGAGACGUCACGAGGCCCAGCUCUCAGAGCUCAGAGUCAAGCACUGCUCUGCCAUAGACAACCUGCAGGAACAACUGGACAACAGCAAGCGGGCCCGUCAGUCCCUAGAGAAGGCCAAGACUCUAUUAGAGGACGAGAGGGUGAGCUUGGCCUCAGAGCUGAAGUCCCUGCAGGGGGGCCGCAUGGAGAGUGAGAGGGGUCGCAAGAGGGCCGAGGGCCAACUCCAGGAGCUGACCGCACGCCUCACACAGGCCGACAGAGAGAGGGAGGAGAGAGAGGAGCGACUGCACAAGCUACAGUCUGAGAUGGAGACCCUCUCUAGUUCUCUCUCCUCCUCUGACUCCAAAUCCCUCCGUCUCAACAAGGAGGUCAGCAGCCUGGAGAGCCAGCUCCACGACGCUCAGGAGCUACUUCAGGAUGAGACUCGUCAGAAGCUGGCUCUGGGCUCCAGGGUGAGAGCUCUGGAGGAGGAGAGGAAUGGACUGAUGGAGAGAGUGGAGGAGGAAGAGGAGAGAGCCAAGGAUCUUUCCAGGCAGAUACAGACUCACACUCAGCAGCUGGCUGAGUUGCGGAGGCAGUCGGAGGAGGUGAAUGCGGCGGUGGAGGCAGGAGAGGAGACGCGCAGGAAACUGCAGAGAGACCUAGACCAGGCCGUCCAAAGAGAACAACAGAAGGAGGAGGAGAAAGAACGCGUGGAGCGUCAGAGGGAGAGGCUGAGGGAGGAGAUAGAGGACAUGACCCUGGCCCUGCAGAGAGAGAGACAGAACUGCACCACCCUGGAGAAGAGGCAGAAGAAGUUUGACCAGUGCCUAUCAGAGGAGAAGGCGGUGAGUGCCCGGCUGGCUGAGGAGAGAGACAGGGCCGAGGCAGACAGUAGAGAGAAGGAGACACGCUCCCUGGCACUGGCACGAGCCCUGCAGGAGGCCCAAGAUCAGAGGGACGAGCUGGAGAGAUCUAACAAGCAGCUCCGCAUAGACAUGGAACAACUUGUCAAUCAACAGGAUGACGUGGGGAAGAAUGUGCAUGAGUUGGAGCGUUCCCGGCGGGCCCUGGAGACAGAGGCAGAGUCCCUGCGCACUCAGACCCAGGAGCUGGAGGAGGAGCUGGGGGAGGCGGAGAACUCCAGGCUGAGGCUCGAGGUCACCCUCCAAGCCCUCAGGGCCCAGUUUGAGAGAGAGAUCAGCACCAAGGAGGAGAAAGGAGAGGAGAAGAGGAGGUCUCUCAACAAACAGGUGAGGGAGUUGGAGACCCAGCUAGAGGAGGAGAGGAGUCAACGCUCUCAGGCCAUGUCCGUCAAGAAGCAGCUGGAGGCAGAGCUACAGGAGGCUGAGGCUCAGGUGGAGACAGCCAAUCGCGGCAGGGAGGAGGGGCUUAGGCAGCUACGGAGACUGCAGGUUCAGAUGAAGGAGGUGCUUCGUGAGCUGGAUGAGUCCAAGCUGGCCCGUGACGAGGUGGUCGUCCAAUCAAAAGACACAGAGAAGCGCCUGCAGACCUUGGAGGCGGAGUUACUGCAGCUUACAGAGGAUUUAUCAGUGUCUGAGAAGAUGAGGAGACAGGCCCAGCAGGAGAGAGAUGAGAUGGCUGAUGAGAUAGUCAACAGCUCUACCGGGAAGUCUGCUCUGUGUGAUGAGAAGCGGAGGUUGGAGGCGCGAGUCACUCAGCUGGAGGAGGAGUUGGAGGAGGAGCAAAGCAAUGCUGAACUAGUGGCCGAGAGACACAGGAAGACUACACUUCAGGUGGAGACUCUGACGGUGCAGCUGCAGGGAGAGAGGACCCUGGGCCAGAAGGCUGAGGGGGCCAGGGAGGCUCUGGAGAGGAAUAACAAGGAGCUGAAGCUGAAGCUGGGGGAGAUGGAGGGAGCUGUCAGGGGAAAACACAGGCUCAGUGUCGCCGCCCUGGAGGCCAAGAUGGACGGCAUGGAGGAGCAGCUGGAGCAGGAGAGACAAGAGCGAGCGAUAGCCAACAAGCUGGUGAGGAAGACAGAGAAAAAACUGAAGGAGGUGAUGAUGCAGGCGGAGGACGAGAGGAGACACGCAGACCAGUACAGAGAACAGUUGGAUAAGUCUAUGGGCCGGCUGAGGCAGCUGAAGAGGCAGCUCGAGGAGGUGGAGGAGGAUAACUCUCGUUCCAACGCCCAGAGACGUAAACUGCAGAGAGAGAUGGAGGAGCUGACUGACAGCUCCCAGAGCAUGACCCGCGAGAUCACCGCUCUACGCAGCCAUCUCAGUCUGCCUCACACUCCACUCCAUCCACUCAGCAUCACCACAUCUGAACGGAAACCAGAGAAGCGUGCUCCGAUGCCCCUUGGGAUGCGUUCAGGUCGCAGGGCGUUGGUGGAUGAUCUGUCGUGUGAGAACUCUGACUCGGAGGAGCCCUCCCCCUCCCCGACCCCUUCUUCUGGUACUGGCCCCGGCACUGGCCCCGGCACCCCCACACCCCCCUCUGAAAACAACAGUCUGGGACCCCCCCCACCAUACAGCCUCAACGACACUGAGUAACACACACACAAACACUCAAUCACACACACGCAUACAUACUGAUACAUACUCACACAGACGCAUAGGCCUGCAUACAUGUAUAUCUACACAUAGGCCUGCAUACAUGUAUAUGUACACAUAGGCCUGCAUACAUGUAUAUCUACACAUAUACACAUAGGCCUGCAUACAUGUAUAUGUACACAUAGGCCUGCAUACAUGUACAGUGGGGCAAAAAAGUAUUUAGUCAGCCACCAAUUGUGCAAGUUCUCCCACUUAAAAAUAUGAGAGGCCUGUAAUUUUCAUCAUAGGUACACUUCAACUAUGACAGACAAAAUGAGAAAAAAAAUCCAGAAAAUCACAUUGUAGUAUUUUUAAUGAAUUUAUUUGCAAAUUAUGGUGGAAAAUAAGUAUUUGGUCACCUACAAACAAGCAAGAUUUCUGGCUCUCACAGACCUGUAACUUCGUCUUUAAGGGGCUCCUCUGUCCUCCACUCGUUACCUGUAUUAAUGGCACCUGUUUGAACUUGUUAUCAGUAUAAAAGACACAUGUCCACAACCUCAAACAGUCACACUCCAAACUCCACUAUGGCCAAGACCAAAGAGCUGUCAAAGGACACCAGAAACAAAAUUGUAGACCUGCACCAGGCUGGGAAGACUGAAUCUGCAAUAGGUAAGCAGCUUGGUUUGAAGAAAUCAACUGUGGGAGCAAUUAUUAGGAAAUGGAAGACAUACAAGACCACUGAUAAUCUCCCUCGAUCUGGGGCUCCACGCAAGAUCUCACCCCGUGGGGUCAAUAUGAUCUCAAGAACGGUGAGCAAAAAUCCCAGAACCACACGGGGGGACCUAGUGAAUGACCUGCAGAGAGCUGGGACCAAAGUAACAAAGCCUACCAUCAGUAACACACUACGCCGCCAGGGACUCAAAUCCUGCAGUGCCAGACGUGUCCCCCUGCUUAAGCCAGUACAUGUCCAGGCCCGUCUGAAGUUUGCUAGAGAGCAUUUGGAUGAUCCAGAAGAAGAUUGGGAGAAUGUCAUAUGGUCAGAUGAAACCAAAAUAGAACUUUUUGGUAAAAACUCAACUUGUCGUGUUUGAAGGACAAAGAAUGCUGAGUUGCAUCCAAAGAACACCAUACCUACUGUGAAGCAUGGGGGUGGAAACAUCAUGCUUUGGGGCUGUUUUUCUGCAAAGGGACCAGGACGACUGAUCCGUGUAAAGGACAGAAUGAAUGGGGCCAUGUAUCGUGAGAUUUUGAGUGAAAACCUCCUUCCAUCAGCAAGGGCAUUGAAGAUGAAACGUGGCUGGGUCUUUCAGCAUGACAAUGAUCCCAAACACACCGCCAGGCAACGAAGGAGUGGCUUCGUAAGAAGCAUUUCAAGGUCCUGGAGUGGCCUAGCCAGUCUCCAGAUCUCAACCCCAUAGAAAAUCUUUGGAGGGAGUUGAAAGUCCGUGUUGUCCAGCAACAGCCCCAAAACAUCACUGCUCUAGAGGAGAUCUGCAUGGAGGAAUGGGCCAAAAUACCAGCAACAGCGUGUGAAAACCUUGUGAAGACUUACAGAAAACGUUUCACCUCUGUCAUUGCCAACAAAGGGUAUAUAACAAAGUAUUGAGAUAAACUUUUGUUAUUGACCAAAUACUUAUUUUCCACCAUAAUUUGCAAAUAAAUUCAUAAAAAAUCCUACAAUGUGAUUUUCUGGAAAAAAAUGCUAAUUUUGUCUGUCAUAGUUGAAGUGUACCUAUGAUGAAAAUUACAGGCCUCUCUCAUCUUUUUAAGUGGGAGAACUUGCACAAUUGGUGGCUGACUAAAUACUUUUUUGCCCCACUGUAUAUGUACAUACAAAUACACACUCACAUAGACUGACUUAUUGAUCCUGCACUACUUUAAACUAUUUCCUCUGCAGUUCAAAUUAGAACAGAGAACAUACACAUACACACACACACACACACACACACACACACACACACACACACACACACACACACACACACACUCUCUCUCUCUCUCUCUCUCUCUCUCUCUCUCUCUCUCUCUCUCUCUCUCUCUCUCUCUCUCUCUCUCUCUCUCUCUCUCUCUCUCUCUCUCUCUCUCACACACAAUUUAAGGGGGGAAGAGGAUUUGUUGAUGAUUCGUGAGCAAGAAUAUGGACUGUAAUCUCACUGGGGAUAACUUCAUCUCUCAGAAAUCUGAGGGAAAGUGAAUUAUAUCAGCAUAGCCAUGUUCUAUUAUUAUGAUACUGUAUUACACUUCAAAUGGCAGAAAUAAGAUGGCUACUGGCCACUAUCAAUGUAAAGCCAUGUUUAACCCUUUGAGGAACUCUGACAAUAUUCCGCCCUGUGUUUAGUGUUCUAGUUGAUGACAUCGCAAAGGGCUGCUAAAUGUUCUAGAAUGCUGUAGAAUCCUGGAAUAAAACACUCUGAAUAAUGUUCCACUCCUCAAAGGGUUAAUGACAAUCUGCAUGUUUGGGAAGACAUUUUGCAAGACUAGAGAAACACACACACACAUGCACACGCACACACACAGGGGACUGAUUAAUGUUUCUAUGUAUGUAGUCCCUCUGUCAGUGUGUGUCUUGGAAAAGGCAAUCGCUCAUUGACUGCUAGUGUGAAAGACGGCUGAUAUGCUCUUCUGUCUUUUAACAAGCCUGGGAGAAACUCCCUUGAGUUGUUUAUCUUUCUCUCUCUCACUUGAAUUUCAAUUUAAGGCCAAGUUAUUAUUUUAAAACGUAUUUUAGAAAACAAACACAGAAUGUCUGUGAAGUAUUUUAGGAUAUAUUACUAAUUUGUAGUUUGAAUUAGGUCAUAUAUGGGGGAAAUAUCAAUCAGGGAAGAGGGUUAAGUGAGAGAGAAAAAAUGAAAAAUGAUAAUCAACCUUGCUGUUGUAUGCACAACGAAGAAUGAAGCCAGCGUCAAGUUUUUAUAGAAAAAGACUGAUGCUAUUUCACUCCAUCAUCACACAUACUGGUGAAACUGGCUAGGGUAUAAACACCGGCAUCAUCACACAUACUGGUGAAACUGGCUAGGGUAUAAACACCGGCAUCAUCACACAUACUGGUGAAACUGGCUAGAGUAUAAACACCGGCAUCAUCACACAUACUGGUGAAACUGGCUAGGGUAUAAACACCGGCAUCAUCACACAUACUGGUGAAACUGGCUAGGGUAUAAACACCGGCAUCAUCACACAUACUGGUGAAACUGGCUAGGGUAUAAACACCGGCAUCAUCACACAUACUGGUGAAACUGGCUAGGGUAUAAACACCGGCAUCAUCACACAUACUGGUGAAACUGGCUAGGGUAUAAACACCGGCAUCAUCACACAUACUGGUGAAACUGGCUAGGGUAUAAACACCGGUAUCAUCACACAUACUGGUGAAACUGGCUAGGGUAUAAACACCGGCAUCAUCACACAUACUGGUGAAACUGGCUAGGGUAUAAACACCGGCAUCAUCACACAUACUGGUGAAACUGGCUAGGGUAUAAACACCGGCAUCAUCACACAUACUGGUGAAACUGGCUAGAGUAUAAACACCGGUAUCAUCACACAUACUGGUGAAACUGGCUAGGGUAUAAACACCGGCAUCAUCACACAUACUGGUGAAACUGGCUAGGGUAUAAACACCGGCAUCAUCACACAUACUGGUGAAACUGGCUAGGGUAUAAACACCGGUAUCAUCACACAUACUGGUGAAACUGGCUAGGGUAUAAACACCGGCAUCAUCACACAUACUGGUGAAACUGGCUAGGGUAUAAACACCGGCAUCAUCACACAUACUGGUGAAACUGGCUAGGGUAUAAACACCGGUAUCAUCACACAUACUGGUGAAACUGGCUAGGGUAUAAACACCGGCAUCAUCACACAUUCUGGUGAAACUGGCUAGGGUAUAAACACCGGCAUCAUCACACAUACUGGUGAAACUGGCUAGGGUAUAAACACCGGCAUCAUCGUAUACCUUAUCAAUCCAUCUUAUGAUUGUCACAAAUUGAUGAAAUGUUGCUAUCUUUUGUCAUGAGAAGCGAUGACAACCAAACAUGUUAUUGCAGUUGCAUCAAACACUAUUGCAAAACAAACCAUGCAGUUUGUCUCCUGUGCUGUGCUCUGAUCUGGGUUAUCUAGACAUCCAGUGACCUUUUUGGAUUGAGACAGAUAGGUAGUUACUGUAGAUAGGCCAAUGGAUUGCAUAGGUAGGUAUAGGUAGAUAGAUACAGUAGGUAGAUAGUUUCUUUAAGUCUUUAACAUAUUGCUUCUUAUAAAGUACAGGCAGUUGAAUCUAUGUCAUUUAUAUCAGUCUGAAUAGGAGCAAAAUCCUCCAUUAUUUAUUGCCGCUGGUUGUUUUUUGUAUUGUUUCCAGUCUGUUCAGACAUAUCAUUGGUAGAUGACAUACUGGUAUGGUAUCACUGGCACUGAUGGAAAGGAAGACAGGGCCUCACACAUACUGUAACCAUGGCAAUAGAGAGAGGUUAAGAACAGAAUCACAAUUACUAGGUAGAUUGUGGUUAACAACAUCUGCCUGUCUAUGUAUUGUGUUGUUGAAUAAUUCCUGGAUGGGGUAUUGGUUGUUCUAUUUGACAGUGUAUCAGGAUGUUAGGGAAGUUUGUAGGUCUUGGUUAGUAGGGAAUGCACUGGAAAUAUAUUGGACAGAGAGAUGACAGACAUUUAAGACAGUAACCAACACUACAUCAGAACUCACCUGUGGAGCAGGACACUAGAAUCUCUUACACAGAACAGAAAAAUGUGAAAAUUGAGGACGUAAUGUUGGUGUUUCGAGACUGCUAGUCAUUCUCAAAAUAUCAUAAGCAUCCAUAUCUUGUUUUUAUCAAACAGACAUAUUGUACAUUGUAAUAUUGUUUUUUUUUAUUCAUUCAUUGUGUAAUAUAUUUAUGGAACAAAGCUUUUGUGUUUAACCAAAUGGUGGGCGUAUGGAUGAGAAAAGGGACUUAUUGUAUACAUAGUAGAAUAGAAUAGAUUCAAGUAGAGUAGUAUGGCGGAGACUGGUGUUGGAGGAAGUUCCACUGUAAUCCAUGGAACUACCCUCUGGAAUAGCAGACGAAAGUGGAGGACUUUUCCCAGCAACUUCCGUUGAGUUCAUUGUCUUCAGAUCUGUCCUAUGAAGCACCAAGAAAACCCUGUUUCUACCCAGAAUUUCUGUAUAGAUCAUUCUAGAACAGCAACUCUCUAGGCUUCCCUCCCCUGAUAUCAUAAUAGUGUUUUUGCGGAAGACAUAAGGGGUCAAAUCUUCCAAAAUGUUGUAUUUUCAUUAAGUGACAGACAGGGAGAUUUCUAGCCAGUUAGAACAUAUGGUUUUAGAGUAUACAUGCCCCGCCCCCUUUAAUCUCCAACAACAUUCACGAUUCAUUCAAGUUUGUAUGUAUGUAUAUUGUUUAUAUUUGAACUCCUCUCAGCCCCAGAACCUCUCUGCCUGACACAGCAGAAGUCUGUACAGGGAAUACAUGUCCUGUCCACAUACUGUUCUUACAGACACAGGACACCUUAACAUAGGGACGUUUUGCUGCUCAGUCUAGUUAAACACUACGUAUUUGCAUGGUGGUGCAUUCCAUUGAUAAUAGCAUUGGCCGUAUAGUCUCACGGUUGUCUGCUCUUGCACAAGGAAGAGUAUUUAUCUCCCUCCACAUAAGACUAGGACAUUCCCGUUGAAAAGCAUGCAGGGUUGAACAACUAAAAGGUUGUUUAAAGAGCAUUUAUCAGAGCAAAGUUACAGUUCCCCAUCAUUAUCUCAUGUCAAGCUUGACACAGUGGAGAGCAAAGCCAAGAUCCAUUUUGAUCAUUUUCAUGACAGUCAUUUAGAAACAGUCAGAUCUUUAGAACUAGCAACCUAAUGAGAACAUGGGAUAUUUGAAUUAAGAAUGAGUUCUAUUAGUAUUUGAUUACAAAAAAAAUUACGACAUGUAUUUGGUCUUUUUUUUCUUCCUCUUCAUGUGAUUUAUUUGGCAAAAUGUACUUUUUUUGUAAGUUACUGUAAAUUCUGCACUUUACAUAUGCACCAAUAGAGGGCAGACUCCGACAGUAUCAGUGGCUGGCUUUGGUUCACAGUCAGUCCCAUCUCUCUGAAGAUGAUGCAGGUUUUAUAUGUAAAUCUAACUGAUUUGUCAAAGAUCUGAGCAGAUGUUUUAAAUGUUAUUUGGAUGCAAACUGUCACUUUAAAGUUGUGAAAAUGAAGAUCACUACAUUUAAAACUAUCUAGGUUUGGUCUUCAGGGGAAGUAGUAGGAAGGUUGGUUGGAGGUUAAAGGUUAAAGGCUGACCCCUGGAAUGUGAUCAGAGAACUGAUCACUGAUCACAGAACUGUGCCUCUGUAGAGAGACCGGUGCUUUUUCAAAGGUGUUAUAAUUUUGUUGAUUUUCUUUCUUUUAUGGCUUCUGUGGAAAUUGAACAUUUUGGAAAUGUGUUGUUUAUUAGCCAUUUUUUGUUUAUGAUGCUGUAAUUAUAAAACAUAUCUGACUGGGGUGAACUUUAAUAUAUGUUGUUGGUUUUGA